UGAGCAAAUGAUUUCAGUCCUUAAAGUUGUGUUUGAUUCACUCAAGGGGGUGGUAUGCAGACGGGCGCAGUGGGGCGGCACACAGUGGUCCCGGGGGAGUCCCUUCCAGUGCCUGCUGCUUGCACCCUGUGUGGUUCCCGCAGCCGCCUCCAGAGCCACCUAGGAUGGGAGCUCAGGCUCCCCGUGUCCCACAGGGGCUGCGCUUGGGGUUUCAUUCCUGGGUGUGCUGGCCUGAGAUGGGGACGCUGCCUGGGUGCGGGGUGGGUCAGGUAAGGGCUGCAUUGCGUUCAGGCUUCCGACCUGAGGAGUUCCUUCAUUAGUUCUAACCGGCAGUUGCUGUGCUUGUGUGUUUCCUUUGUGGCGUCUUUUUAGGGUUUUCUGCAUAAAAGAUGAUGAACAGAUCGUUUUACUUCUUCCCUUCCAGUUCGAUGCCUUUUACUUUUGCUUCUUGCAUCUCUAUUCUGGCUGACGUUUGGCCUUUCUGUGUACGCAUGUGGGAGCAGUGCUUCUACAGGCUUAUUAAGGCGGGAAGAAGCGAGAGACGCUCACUUGUGGGACAGCAGUGGGGGACGUGAUGAAUCCUGCAGGGAGAAGCCGAGAGCGGUGGCUGCCAUCAGCCACACUGUGGGGUCACCCUGUGCUGUCACCCUGUGUUCAUGGAGGCUCAGAAAGCAUAUGUGACAAGCACUGACUCGUCCUCCAUGGACACCUGAGUUGUGUCCACCUGCUGGCUGCUGUGAAUGAUGCUGCUAUGAACAUGGGGGUACACAUGGCUGCUCGACACCCUGCUGUCGGUUCCUUUGGAUCUCGAGUGGAAUGAGAAGCAGCUUUGCCAUGUCAGGGCCUACCAGGCCCCUCAUGAUUUCUUCCUUGGGGGACCAGCUCCAUCAAAGACGUCCUGGUGGAAACACUGCCUCCCGCCCAGGCGAUGGGGCCGUGCUCCAGAAGGAGCAGGGCUUCCACUCAGCUCCAGCCGAGCCGACACCAGGCCGUGCUGCUCCCACGUGCCUCCUGAGUCUGCCUGUCCUGCCUCCUCUCCCAUUGCCAGGCCCCGGCACAAAUGUGUACGCUACACCGAGACUUCACGUGUCAGGUACUCGAUGGUGUAGCCAGCGGCACUCAGUGUGGUAGCCAGUGGUGUGGAGGACUGGACACGCGCAGGGUGCUUACGGGAGCACGUGCUUCACUGAGGACAAAUGCUCCUUCCAGGUUCAUUCAUUCUGGUCUUCCACCCGUGCUGUCGUUAGAUGUCUGUGGUCAGACACCUCCUGUUACAGAAGGAAUUGUGUCCCCCCUUCCCCUCCGGCAUCUUACGUUGAGGUCCUAACCCCCAGGCCCUCAGAAUGUGGUCUGAUUUGGAAAUAGGAUCUCAAAAUUAUAUUUGCAGAUGUCAUUAGUUAAUAUGAGGUCAUAGUGGACCCGUGGUCUGUAACCCAGUGUGACUGGUGUCCUUACCAAAAGGGAAAUUUAGCACAGACGGGGAGCAGACCAGGUGAAGGAGAGGCAGAGAUGGGCUGAUGCUUCCACAAGCCAAGGAAAGCCAAGGUUUGCCGGCCGCCAUCUGGGAGAGAGGCCUGGAGCAGCCUCUCCCUCACCCCGAGAAGGAACGCAGCCUGGGGGGGACACCUUCAUCUCAGGCUUCCAGCCUCCAGACGUGGGAGGGACACGUUCUGUUGUUUACACCGCGGGGUCCCCGGUCGUUUGUUGAGGCCCCGCUAGCAAACUAAUACAGGUGGGUGCGUCCUGGGCCUCCUGGCCACCUUUGGCUAUAGGACAAUUCCUUUCACAUCACUAAUUACACGUCACUUGCAGGAAUUCAAGGGAUCAGAGGCACCGCCCACUUGGUCCCUGGGCCUGGGGGGGCCUGCACAUCACUCAGGGGCACCCCACCGCAGCCCAGGGUGGAGCCCCCCUUCCCCUACGCUCCCCGCGCCGACCCCACAGCCUCCUGCACAUGCCCGCAAAGGCCACUCCUCCAGUAGGGGUGGGGCUUCCGGCACGAGAGUCCGCUAAGUCUCGGGAGGUCACAUAUUUCCGGUUGCCUGUCGGUCACCGCCAUUCAUUCCCGUCUCCCAGCCAUGUCGCUGUGUCGGAUGCUCCUGCUGCUCCCGGCCUCGGUGACCAUUGUGACCAGUGUGACCCGGUGUGACCCUGACAAGUACGAGUUACAGACCCUCGGCCUGUGCUGCCAUCUGUGCCCGGCGGGCCACUACGUCAGCAAACACUGUGACGAGACCCGUACCACGAAGUGCGACCCGUGUGAGUUUGACACCUUCACGGCCCAUGCCAACAGGGAGACCCGCUGCCUGCCGUGUGCCCAGUGCCGGGAAGAUCAGGAGGAGGUGACCUCAUGCUAUCCGACCAGGGACCGGCAGUGCCAGUGCACGUCGGGGACCUACUACUGUGACUCAGUGGAUUGCAUGGAGCAGUGCUACCGCUGUACCAGGUGUAACGGUGUCACCGUUCAUGCAUGCAAUGCCACGAGGGAUGCCAUCUGUGCUGCAGAAACGAACCCAGAGCCAGGAAAUGCAAACACGGAAUGGUCCGUCCCUGUGCCUGUGUGGGUGCUCGUCGUGGGGGGCAUUUUCGUCAUCGUCGUCGUCGUGAUCGUCAUUAUCUAUUGCUGUAGGAGACAACGUGGGCAGCUUUUGCAGCGGGUUGUCAGUUUCUUGAAAGAAAAGUCCAGUGAGCCAGGCAGCCAGUCAUGGAGCUCCAGCCUACCCAACGAGACACUGCACCCCACGGGCAGCGAGAUCCCCCCGCCAGCCAUUGGUGUGAACAUGCCGCUAUUGGACGAGGGCUCAUCCUCAGCGCCCGGGGCCGGGACCCCCACACCGACCUCUGAGGACCCCGAGGACGGAACUGAGCUGCAGGUGCUGGUGGCCGGAGGAAGUGACACAGCCCCAGCCCCAGAGCCGGCGUUACAAGCUCAAGCUCCCGCUGCCUGCGGGCCCCAGCGCCGGGCUGAGGCGUCAGCACCCCUCAGUGCUCUGCAGCAGGAAUAUGAACAGAAAUAUUAUUUGAAGGACACUUCCUGCGUUGGCACCAAUAGGAUCUAUUAUGAAUUUGGACAUGAGGUUCCAGAACAGAAAUGGAAAAUGUUCAUGAGAUUUGUGGGACUUGAGGACAAAGACAUUGAGAUUUGCGAACACGAGAAUCCCGGCAAUUUGGUGGAACAGCAUCAUAAGAUGCUCGUGAGGUGGAGAAACAAGCUCGGAAGGGAGGCCUCCGUAUUUAAACUCAUGGCUGCCCUCCAUAAAAUGGAGCUCCACGUAUGUUUGCAUAACAUUGUCAACAAAUUGAUUGCUGAAAAUAUCUUGGGUAGACACACCGAGACCUCAGACUAGAGUAACUCUUUUUAUCGCACGGGAUUGUAACUCCGAGGUACCGUGGGUGGGUGGUGUCAUAGCUUCUGUCCGAGCUCCAAUCCCAUUGGGAACUUCCUGACUCCUACGUGGGGCUGACGCUUAACUAAAUGGAUUCUGUGCGCAGCUUCCGAUGGGGAGGUCAGUUCGUACACAAGCACAUGUGCUCCUCAGCCAGGGCCAGGUCAGUGUGGCUGAGAUGGGCCGGCGCGUCGUCGAUUCCAGGAGCUUGAGCUUCUCAUCCGGCCCCACGUAUAAUGCUGGGGGGGCUCGCGUUCCUCGAAGCCCCUUCCCGGACGCUGAGGCUGGGAGAGUUGGUGGCUGUCUUUCUGUCCCCACCACCUCCUUGGUUUCAGAGUCACUGUGAUGUCCCCAUCACCUAGAACAUGGUGUAGCACUGACCUGUGCUCCAUGAAUACGUGUGUGCAAUGACAGUCGCCCGGCAGCUGUUCUGAGCUGUCUCAGACAUGGGUAUACCUGUCACCAGGAUCACACCGUCCCUCGGGUCUUCUGCCUGAGGAUGAGACUGGGCUGAGACUAGACCCCCCAUUUCUACGGCAGGAUAGGCCAGGGGGGGCCAUGGUAACCGUUAUAGAGCGUUUUUGAAUUGCCUUAAACUUUUCAAAGUAUUGAUGCGAAACAUUGUUUUAGUAAAACAUAGAACAAUUUAAUAGUACAUACUUUUAUAAUUUUUCAUUAAAUUUAUUGGGAUGA